GUGACAUUCCAGUGAAUGUUGAACUCUCCGGAGUCCGCUGGACUUCCUUUGAUGACUGCUUCCUCCAUGAUGGCGACUGCUGAAAGUCCAAACAACGUUGGCAGGCAUCUUGAUCUCUUGACUACUCUCCCAGACGUUAUUUUGAUCCAUAUUCUCCGUCUUGUUUUUGAUCAUACGAACCGAUGCACUAUCAACGCGCUCAGGAUCAACCAUCGCGUUUUCUCAUUGGCAAAACCGAUAUUCCUCUCGACGAUGAUCUUACACUCGGAAGUUUCUGUUUUGCGCCUCAUGCACCGUUGUAUUGCCCCGAGUCAGGCAACUCUUACAGCUGCCGAUAGAGAACACGUCAAGUGCAUAGAAAUCGAUUUCUUACCAUCAUCUCAACGCCGGAUUCUUUUGGCACCCAGCGUGCUCCGUGCUGCUACUGCUUUUCCAAACCUUCGCACUCUGAGGUUUCGCUUUAGCGUCGGGGUUCCGCUAUCGUCGAACAUGCCUACUCUAGAACUUCACCAGCAACUUGCCGCAGAUAUGGUCGCACACGCUCACUGGCUAAGAGUUGAUUCGCCAUUAUUUAGUCUCUUAUCGAGCCUCAAUCCGCAGCGUUUUGAAUGGAUUUCUGAAGGUUCUUCUGGCCGAUCGAAGUUAGCCCCAUGCAGGAAGGAAACCGAAGCAUCAGUUGCUCAACCGAUUCGUGUUCUUGCUUUCCGUGGUGCUUUCCGUGCUCUUAUCAAGCGCUGGGACAGCCUUACGCACGUGUAUCUGGACGGCAUCUGUCUACUUGCUAAAUACUGCACAUCGACCUUUCACCUUGCUCUCCUCGCAAAGCACAUGCACAUCAACGUAGACUCUUAUGGCAACACCUUGUAUCUUUUUUCGACAUCUCCCCACGUGCUCUCGGGAUCCCGCAAGUGCGAGAGUCUGGUGGUCGAGCGUCCUGGAGCGAAGGAAGACCGGGCUACUAUCUGCAACGCCGUUCUUAGACCUGGAACGUUGCUUUCUUUUCGCGGCUUCUCGUCCGCUCAGUGCGCAUCCUUCAAGCAGACGUUUCUUACCACAGACGACCAGCCAUCUUUUGGGCCGGUACCACCAGAACAAGUUUUCCGAAGCGCCAGGGCCGGGGUCCGAGAGCUACGGAAGUUGAGCAUUUCUCGGAAAAAAUUGGCCACGAAAGAUCGCGUCAUCCGUACUUUAGCAACCGUCCCGUCUCGCGACAAGGCUACUACUGGCCCGUCUAUGUCCGGAGAUAGGAAAGCACACCCUACACUCACUUCUAGUGUCGCGACAGUCGACUUCAUCACCAUCAUCAGCUGCUUAUUUGGCGCCCUUAUUGUUACUUCUCUAACCGUUUUGUCUGUGAUGUCAUUUCCUGCUCUCUACUAUUUCGAGCGCCGUCGCGGUGCUGCCCCCGCCACUACCACCUCUGAGACCACCUCUACUCCUACCGCACGUCAGGACAAAUCCCGGUCUAGGGUGUGUCGUCUACGCCAACACACAAAUCUUUGUCGCAAUAAGUAUCCCACGCCAUGAAUAUUUUUCUAUUCUUCACACAUAGAUCCCUCUUCCUUGCAUAAUCCAGUUUUUCUAUGAGUAGAUUUGUAACUUUGAGCUGAUGUAACUCCGUUGGGGGUUCGAUCCGAUCGAAGGCUUGGGUUAGCAUGAAAGGUUGCUAAUAACAUAUGCCUUCGAUCGACUUUGAGAUCUCAGGCGUGCGGGCCUCGGGGGUGAAGUCCACCCAAUUCAAAUUUUUAUCC